AUGAAAAAAAAACGGUGUUUCAUGGUGAUGAUUGAAAGUAAUAGAAGUGAUAAAACGAAUGAAUUUUAUAUAAAACUCAUUAAUAUAGUAAAAGGUUAUGGCAGCAAUAUGUGCCACAAUUAUAAGCAUUUUGCUAUUUCAGAAGAUAAAUUGAAAAAAUUGAACGAUUUAAAUGACAUGAAUAACAUGAUUUAUUACGUAAUAAAUUCAUCUUACCCGUCUGGCAAAAGUAAGUGCGAUUGCCUUGUUGCAUGUUUAAAUAUAUAUGAACAACACCAUAAAACUUGUGAAUCCCGCACUCAAAGUUAUUUUUGUGAAGCAUUAAAUCAUAUAAAAGAUCAGUAUAAUAGAAUACCAAAUUUAACUAAUGAGUGUAUUAAUGUAAAAUGCAAUAAGUUACCUUGUGAAAAAAAUGAGAUCAUACGGUUACACUCUCCAAGAACUAGUAAAUCCAAAACUGCUAUGAUAUCAACUAUUCUAAUAUUAAUAAUACCCGUUUUGUUAUUUAUAAUUUAUAAGUUCACGUUAUAUAAUUCAUGCCCGCAUCGUGGAAUAAAAAAUAUAAUGAAUGAAUGGCAUCUUCUCAAAGGUGCAAAGAAUAUAAUGCAAAAUUCAGAAAUAUCUAGAAGAAUAUCUUGGAAUAGUAGUUAUAAUAUAUUGUAUAAUUCUCCUUAG